AUGUCCGUGUUUGAGGAUGUUACCCGGGCCCUGGCUAGACAGCUGAACCCUAGAGGGGAUCUGACACCCCUAGACAGCCUCAUUGACUUCAAACGAUUCCAUCUUUUCUGCCUGGUGCUGAGGAAGAGGAAGAGCACACUGUUCUGGGGAGCCCGCUAUGUGCAAACCGACCACACUCUCCUGGAUGUGCUGGAGCCGGGCAGCUCCCCCUCAGAUCCGACAGACAGUGGCAACUUUAGCUUUAAGAAUAUGCUGGAUCUCCAAGUAAAUGGAGAUGUGGAAGUGCCAAAGAUGAUGAAGGUAAAGGGGACUGCGGGUCUGUCACAAAGCAGCAAACUGGAUGUGCAGACGCUCAGCGUGGCUCCCUCUUCUCUGGAGAACCUGAAGAAGGAGAGGAAACUGUCAGCAGACCACUCGUUCCUGAAGGAGAUGCGGGAACUCAAGAAGAACCUGUAUGUAGUGACGGAGGUGGUGGAAGCCAAGCAGAAAGUCACUCUGGAGCAAACUGUCAACGCAAAUGCCAUCUUCUCUCUCCCCAGCUUUGCCCCACUGGGACUACAGGGAUCCAUGAAAGACAACAAGGCUGUAACUAUCCCCAAGGGCUGCGUCCUGGCCUAUCGAGUGAAACAACUGAAGGUCGAUGGGGAAGAUAAAUGGGACGUUCCACACAUUUUCACUGACAGCAUGCAAACCUUUGGCCCUUCAGAAAAGCCAGGAGAAGGGAAGCUCAUACCUAAGGGUUUCCAGACAUUAAAGAAAGAGGUGCAGCGAGAGACUCAAGAAGUGGAGAAGUUGAGUCCAGUGGGGCGAAGCUCCCUACUCACUUCCCUCAGCCAUCUCCUAGGAAAGAAGAAAGAGCUCCAGGACCUUGAGCAGAAGCUUGAAGGGGCUCUAGAGGAGGGACAGGAAGUGACCCUGGAAGCACUCCCCAAAGAUGUCCUGCUGUCAAAGGACGCUAUGGAUGCCAUCCUCUACUUCCUUGGGGCUCUGACAGAGCUAAGUGAAGAACAACUGAUGAUUCUAGUAAAAUCCUUGGAGAACAAGGUCCUACCAGUACAACUGAAGCUGGUUGAGAGCAUCUUGGAGCAGAACUUCCUGCAAGAUAAAGAGGGUGUUUUCCCCCUGCGGCCUGAUCUGCUCUCCUCCCUCGGGGAGGAGGAACUGAUCCUAACAGAAGCACUGGUGGGACUAAGCGGCCUGGAAGUCCAGAGAUCAGGCCCCAAGUACACGUGGGAUCCGGACACUCGCCACAACCUCUGUGCCCUCUAUGCUGGUCUCUCCCUCCUUCACCUGCUAAGCAGGGAUUCCUAAUGCACCUUCUCUGCCUGCUGCCCUAAAGCCUUCCCAGCCUUGCUGUGCUCUGUCUGUAACACUGCAAGACACUACAGAGCCUCCAGGCUGGGGACGACUGAAAUGCCAGCUCAACAUCAGUCUCCAAGUUCCUUCUGCCUCACCAUCUAUCUCUCUCCUUCUGUCCUCCAGCUCAGCACCCACUAAGUCCAUCUCCUGAUGCUUAAAUCCUGAAUAUACAGAAUCAUUC